GAAAUGACGUCAGUUCGGCGGAGAGGGAAAAAUGGCUGCACCGUCUGGGCUGCAUGGUACAGGUGCUAUGCGACUAACGGAAGGUUUGGUGUCGGUUUUAAAAGAACAGCGUCCGCAGUUUUUGGCCGAAGCCUUGUCCAACUACAGAGAACACGGCGUGUUUUCCACACAGAACACCAGCGAUGCUGCGGGUCUCGUGGGGUUUAGUAAUGCUAAACUGAGCUCCAGCAAGACCAGGUCUGAGGGGCUCUGCCUGCUCUCCAUGCUGGUCAAAGACAGCUCCAGUGAUCUGUUCCAGCAACACUGUCUUUCCUGGCUGCGCUCCCUGCAGCAGAUUAUACAGUCUCAGGCUCCGGUUCAGACCAUCCAGCUGGCUGUAAGCAUCCUGAAAGACCUGCUGCAGUACUCAUGUCAGCUCGCAGAACUGGCCAGGGAGGUCAGCCUCAACUUCAUCCUCGGCAUUUUGACAUCACUUCUAGGCCUCAAAACAGAGUGUGAGCUUGCAGCCAUGGAGGGGAUGAAGGCUUGUAUGAUUUACUAUCCCAGAGCCUGUGGGUCCCUAAAGGACAAACUUGGAGUUUAUUUUCUCUCCAAGAUGGACAGCACAAACAGAAAAACACAGGAGGUGGCCUGUCAGGGUUACAGUCAUCUGCCCUGCCUGGGGGGUCUAUUGGACAAAGCUGGGAAUGUUGGGAGAGCCGAGGGCUGGACCAAACAGAUUCACUGUCUUCUGGCCUCAGCCAAUAGCCUUCUGGCUCAGAUCUACCAAGGUUCAGAGACAGAUGAAGCUAUGCAGUAUCAGGGUCCUGGCAUGGAGCUAGCCUUUGAUUAUCUUGACCAAACGGAUCCACUGCUGCUUCUGCAGCUCCAGCACAGAUACACUGCUGUUUGCAUGACAAUCAAACACACACUCAGAGCGGAUCCUGCCUCAGCCGUCCAUCUGCCAGUCAGACUGAUUCUCAACCUGGUGUGUCGAGCACUCGCUGUCAACUCAAAGAGCAUAAAUCUAACAGCAGAUGGAAGUUUGAGGUUGCUGAUCCUUCCCAGUGUUCACAUCAGCAGUUUGGAGGUGUUGUCAGAGCUCAUUACAGAAGUACGUAGUGGGAUGAUACAGUAUGCUGCUGUAAUACAGAGGCUGUUCUCUCAAACUCUGACUGCUUGGACACCUCUACCUGACACCAGUGUAGGACAGCAGAGAGCUUACAGCUCGGUGAGAGUAUGUGUGUACAGGACCUUAGAACUGUGGGUCAAGGUUGUUGGAUCUUGUGCUGGCAUCCUUCAGGGAGCCUCCAGCCAUGCAGGCCUCCUGUUUAACCACCUGCUGCUUGACAUCACACCAGAAGCAGAAUCUGUUAAGCUGCGGACUGGUCUGUCAGUUGACGUGGUUCCUGGAGGGAAGCCGGGCCCUCGAAGGACCAAGCAGUUGGUCUUAGCAGAGACUGUGGGACCAUCACUUCAGAGGAAAGGGGACCUUUUAUCCAAUCAGGAUACAUGUCUGUCAGCCCUCAGAGCACUGAGACAGAUCAUACAGACCAGUGGGACAUUGCUGAAGGACGAGAUUCACAAGAGACUCCAUGAAGUUGUGUUGCCACUUUGUGUACGUCUGCAACAGCAGCAGUCGAGUAGCAUAUCUGCAUGUGACCCUGCAGGAGGCAUCAGUGGACAGUACAGCAGUGCCCUUACACGACGAGAACUAUACAGAUUACUGCUGGCUUUGGUCCUGGUACCAUCACCAUGUUGGCCCCCUCCUCUGUCCUGCGCUGUGUCCAUCCUCAGCAAUGGACGCACUGAACGCAACCUGAAGGUUUCUACAUUCUGUGCUGAAGCUCUGACUGUCUGUAACUCCAUAGUCCAUUCACGGAGUCCCUCUAUUGCCCUCCCUUUACCCCCACUCGCCCUGAAACCUACCACCACACCUUCGGUCCUUUCAUGUCAGGGUCCUGGUCCCAGGUUAACGUUGCCAACAUUACUCGGCGGCCCUGCCCCCAGUCCCUCCUUCCCCACCCGUCAUACCCUCAGCAUGGGCACCACUUCUCUGUUGGGCUCCUUGGAAAACCAUCUCUCCCUGAUCCCAGGGAUGCCAAGUCAGGCCUCGGCUCCGGGAGAUCUGAUGCUGUCCCCGCAGACGCAGCAUCAGUCGGACCCCGUUGCGCCCCCAGAAGGCCAGCGAUCUGUGUUUGUUCGCUAUGACAAAGAGGAAGCAGAAGACGUGGAGAUAUCUCUUGCAAGUGACUCAGAUGACAGCGUGGUCAUUGUUCCUCCAGGGAUGCUGAACACUGAAAACCAGCAAAACGACUUGGCAGCAAACUCCCAGAACGUGCUCUCCUCUGCAGCAGGCAGCACGGGGGUCUCACUGCCGGGGGCAGACUCCGUCAGCAUGGUUCCCACCACAGCAGCAUCGACGACAGUAGAUGUAGCCUCUUUGCCCAAUGACCUGGCCACGUCCUCCAGCACCCCCAUCAACUCCUUCCCUCCCUCCAGCGCCUCAGUGGUCUCCCUGGUUCCGUCUUUGAACUCCAGCUCGUUUUCGGCCCUGCCCGGUGGCGGUCAGGGGGACUCGGGGGCCGGCAAACCUGGCCUGCAGCAGAUGCUGAUGCAGCCCUCUGCUGCAGGCCAGCCCGGUUCUGUCACUCUGCCGCUCCAGAUGCACCAGCUGCAGAACCAGCUGACCCAGCAGGGCCGCCACCUCCACCAGCACCCACCUGCACCCACCAGUAACGAAGAGUCGGCCGUCAUCAACAUCAACAGCACUGAUGAGGAGGAGGAUGAGGACGAGGAGGAGGACAUGGACGAUGAGGAGGAGUUGGAGGACGAGGAGGAUGGGAUUGAUGAGGACGACGAAGAGGAAGAGGGGAGUGAAGAAUUCUAUGACGGGGAGGAGUAUGAGGAGUUUGAAGAGGAAGAGGGUGAAGAGCUUGAGGAAGAGGAGGAGGAGGAGGAUGAAGAUGGAGAUAUCCCACCUCUAGACGGAUCAGAGGACAAGUCUGAGGAGAUUAGCAUGGAGGACGACAAAGUGCUUCAGGCAGCCAUGGAGGACGGAGAGGUGGAGUCAUACAGUGUGGAGGGAGAAGCAGGAGGAGGGAUAGAGGAGCUGCAAACCAGCAGGACAUUAUUCAGAGGAGACAGGAUGAAGAUACAGGAGGUGGAGAGCAUUGGAGUUCUGGAAGAAGCAAGGGAGGCAGAGCGAGAGGAGGAUGAGAGCGAGCGCAUGGAUGAUCCCACCAUGCCUCAGAUCCUGUGCGUCACCGGUGGAGCCCCGGAAGACAGGUCGGAGAGCGCCGAGGAAAGUGGAGGAGGAAUAGGAGGCCUUCAGGAGGAAGUGAGCCUGUGGGAGCAAGGUGCCAAGGGAGAGGAGGUGGCACCUCCCUGUGAGGAGCACACAGCCAGUCAGAGUCAGCAGGAGUCUGCAGCUGAAAAUGAGGAAGGCAUUGAGAGAGAUGAGCAGCUGUCCAGUCAUCAGGAGGAGGAGCCAGCAGCUGCUGAAGGAGAGGACACAGCAGCAGGAGCUGAGGACACCUCAGCUGGUGAGAAGGUUGAAGAGCAGGAGCAGACUGACGUAGAUCAAGGAAACAUUACGGAAGCAGAACAAGUGACAGAAGAAGAAACGGUUGCCGAGGAAAGAAAAGAAGAUGGAGAGGAGAGCGAUGGAAAGGAGGAGAAAGGACUGAAGAGAAAGAGAGAGGAUGACAACACAGUGGAUGAAGAUGGGCAAAACACUGAGAAGAAAAUGAUGGAAGAGGAAGCCAUGGCCUCCAUGCUAGCAGAUUUUAAUCCCUGCCCACCUGAUGAUGAAGAUGAUGGCUCAGGACUAAACCGCUCCAGCACAUCUCCACCUGAAGGGAUGUGAUUAGACUCACCAUGACAAACGAUGGAAAACUAACAUGAUCUAUAUUCUCCAUGUUGAGUUACCUCAUAAACUCAUUAGUAAUAAUUCUGAACAUUGGUUAAAACCUGGCUUAUUUCAUUGGUCAACCAGU